UCACUCUGCAGGCUGUGAAGGCCUAUCCAACCUCAAAGAGAGGAUGGGGAAGCGCCGAACACUCGGGGCAAAAAGCUGGUGCUGCACUGGCCUCUACAGGUUCAAGCAGAGCUACUGCAUUCACAAAGGAGGCGUCUGCGCAGACAUGAAGAAGCAGAGCAGCUGCAGUCCUGUGACUGAGGAGAAACCGUGCAGUUUGUUCCCACACAGCAUGUCCCAACAUGGUAUUUAUGGGCAAAACUGCUUUUUAAACUGUUAUUUAUGAUUACUGUUCUCAUUUAGCAUAAAGGAUGCAGGUCAUGUCCACCUUUACGGUGUUGCUCUGGCUUCAUGACUCUCUGUUUGAAUCCAACGCCAUCAAAACGGACUUUUUCUCCAUCUACCAAACCUUCAGCACAUAAGGGUGGGCCCCGCCCCCCCCCAGGAAGCAGACUGACAGAAGGCCUGUGCAGCCACCACCGGUGGCCGUUUGGUGGAUCUGCAGCCCCCUCCUUCUUCAGUGUGGGGGGGCUUUUGUUCAGUUUACUGGGUGUUCUAAACAGUGACCCUUUAAGACUUUAAGAGACUUUUUCCUUGGGGCAGAAGAGGCAGUUUUUGUAGAAAGUGUGUCAGAACAAAAGCUGGAUCCUUCUGGAUCUGGUUCUGAUGUCACAGGGAGGUGGCGAAGCAGACCAACCCACAGCCCAACUCCUUCCUGAGGGGCAGUUCAUGUGGGGGGGCCCUUCAGCACACACCUGACGUUUUGGGGUCCUCUGGUCAGUUUGGUGGAUGGAAAAUAUCUGCCCCCCCAUUGGUGGGCAUGAGGAGAAAGCACAUAUGGACCACCAAGGCCCACUUUUCCAGAAGUUUACAGAGCCGCUCCAUCUUUACUCCAUGAAAACAUUUCUUUGGGAUUUGAACAUUUGACCAAACGUUUGUCCACAGCGGUUCUGAACUCCAGCAUGAAGGAUUCAGAUGGAAACGCUCUCUGGCGCUGAAGGCUGUGAGGUUCCGACUACAGGAAGCCGGUCGGACUGAGGGCGCUCCUGUUCUCCAGCCUGGGUGGAAUUUGAAUAGUUCAAAGGAACCGCCUGAAGCUGAUUGGUCCGGAGGAGCAUAUUUGUUGGGCGCGUGUCUGUCACUCAGUCACCCAGAGGCAGCUGACUGGUCGAGGCUGAGGUGGGCGGGUUCUCCCUGCGCCCGAAUAUAAAAGUUGGGUUUCACGGCGUCUGGAACGAUCGCUGGCUCCCAGAGUCCCGGAGCCGCGGCCGAUGUGUCCUACCGGAGCUCUCCCGGAACCACACCGUCACAACGGAGGGAGUCGGUGUCCCAGAGGGGAGACGCAGCGAUGAUCAACCCCAUGGAGUGCGCCGUGGACGCGCAAAGCCUGAUCUCCAUCUCUCUAAUGAAGAUCCACAACUCCAGGACGCAGAGGGGGGGCAUCAAGCUGCACAAAAACCUGCUGGUCUCCUACGUGCUGCGGAACGCGCGGCAGGUCUUCAUCAAGGAGAAGUACGCAGAGAUCUACCGGAUGCAGCAGUACGACGAGGUCCUGACGGUGUGCAGCGAGAUCCAGCAGCUCAACCCGCUGGAGGCGGAGGAAGAGGAGCAGCCGCGCGCCGCGUGCUGCGUGGAGGAGGAGGCGAGCGCGCAGCCCGCGGCGUCCGCGCAGCCCGCGGCGCGCUGCCGGACGCCGUGCGCUCUGGAGCCGCAGCCGGGCUUCUACCGGAGCUGCUGCAUGGAGGCUCCCCCCGCGUCGCCCUGCUUUGAGCCGGUGUCCGCCAGCAGCAGCGCCCACUGCAGCAAAACCACGGUGCUGGACCUGGACACGCAUGUGGUGACCACGGUGGAGAACGGCUUCCUCCACCAGGACUGCUGCUGCGACGCGCUGCAGGGCGGCCAGGGGGGCCAGGGCGCAGAGUCCCCGGCCAAGAAGCGCAAGGUGGAGUUCGGUUCAUCCACAUCCGACGUGGAGGAAGUGUCGGACUUUUGUCACAAACGCGCCAAACGCGAGGACUGCUGCUUCUCCAGCCCGGAAUUCACGGACACCGCCAACAUCUCCAACCUGAUCUCCAUCUUUGGUUCGGGGUUUUCGGGUCUGCUGAGCAGACAGGCGGACCUGGAGCAGAUCUGUAGCAAACAGGCACUGGCCAGCCUGGGAGCAUGGACGCGCGCGAUAGUGGCUUUCUGAGAGGAACCGGUUCUGAGAGAGACCGGCUCAGUUCUGGACCCGGUUCCGCUAAAGACAGAAAAAAAGUUCGUUUUCUAGGAUUUGAUUGUUUUCUAAUCUCUGCUCAGAUUAUUAAUUUGCACAGACUCCAAACACGGUAAACCGGUUCACUCUCGACAGAAACCGUUUCAGAUGUGAACUUAUGUGACCCAACUCCUCUGUUCGGUGAUGGUUCUGUUCCCUAAAACAACUCAGAAACCUUCCGAACUUUUUCCAGUGGACAAUGGUGACAGUUGAAAACUUGGUUCAGCAGGAAGUGUUUUUUCUGCCCCAAAGAUCACGUGACUCCCAGCAGGAGACUGAUGGAUGACUUCAGUCUGAACCUUGUGGAGGAACUGAGUCCGGCCUGCUCCUCGGAGUCCAGAUCAACUUUAUUUUUACAAGAAAAUGAAAGAUAUUUAUAAAAUAAGCGACUUUACGAUGAAAGUGUUGAAGAAGGUUCUAGUGCCAUAGAGUCAUCUGUUGACUGUUCUUUCUCUUUGGUACAGUAGUGACUUAAAUCUAAUGACAUGGAUCCACUUCUAUUGCCUUAAACCCAACACAAAGCCAGCCAUUGUGAUUCAUGUAAAGGGGCUGAAUGUCUUUCUGCUUCCAUCCUGGACCAAUUCCUACACUAACGGCCGUUUGGUGAGCCGCCUUCCAGACCCGCUCACCUUUCUGAAGCAGCUCGCGUCACAUGAUGGAGGGAAAAAGCCGCCGUUUGUCUUCAGAGUGCUCCUCACCGCACGCCGACGUCUGACAUGACAGUUUGCUACAGUCUGUGUCAUGUUGUUAUGCAGACUUUACCCAUGAUUCAUGGUUCCAGCUUUGUGAAAACGAUCCGAGUCCCAACCUGUGAUUUCCCCACAACUGGAGAGUCCAUGAGUUAGCUUUAUGAGCACAAUGUGUACCAAAAGAAAGAGUUCUUGUCCAUUCUUUGCAUAUUUGGUUGUUAUUCUUGUAUUUUUGUGCUUAAUAAAUUGUAUAUCACCGGGUUAAACUGUUCAAGAAAGUAUUUGUUUAAAUUUAUAACCUAAAUAAAAGUCAAUCUUUCAUCCAAA